GUUCAUUACAAGUAGUUAAAGAUAAGGUUGAUCGUUUGGUGAGUGACAAACCUGAUCUGUUCGAUGGUAUUGGUGAAGAUACAAAUGAACGUCUUGAUCAUUUAAUCGCAACUGUAGAAAAUCAAGCAGAACAAAUGAAUAUAUUAAGAAAUGAACAUGAUCAGAUCGAGGAACAACUACGCAAGGAUCUUACAGAACUUCAACAUUCACUGGAAACCUGUCAAAAGGACCUGAACAAUGAACGUGAAAUGAAAACUGAAGAAUGUCUUACUGCCGCUGCACCAUCCACUUCAUCAGAAACUGCUAGUUCGUCAGUUGUUGAAGAAUAUGAAAAACAGAUUAAACAAUUAGAAGAAAAGGUUAUUGAAAAAGAGGAAGAAUUAGCUUCUCUGAAUAAAAAUAUGACUGAAAUUGAACAUAAACUGAAACAAUCAGCCGAAGAUAAUGAAUUAAAUAUGAAUUCAUACGAGGAACGAAUACAAUCUUUCAUAGACGAACGAAAUACACUCAUAGAACAACAAGCACUUCGUUUUUCAGAAUGUGAACGUGAAAUUGAAGAAUUAAAAACAUGUAAUGAUCAAUUUCAAGAAGAAUUAACUGAACUCAAACAACCAUCUAUUUCUCAACAUGUAGAAAUUCAAACAGAUGAAGAUAUCAAUGCACUAAAUGAAAUGAUUGAACAACAAUCAGAAGAAUUAAAAACUUUAAAAGAAAAUUGUUUAUCUCUUAACUCUCAGAUCGAUUCCCAUGCAAUAUUACAAGCUGAAACAGAAAGACAACGGUAUAUUGAAAACGAACAACAAAUAAAUAACUAUCAAUAUGAAAUCGAAAGUCUUCAGGAAGAACGUACAAGACUUUUAGAAGAAAUACAAAAGAAUAUCGUAUUACCAAUACAAACAAUAGAUAAUGAAAGUCAAACAGAUGAUCACGAACGUAAAAAAUUAAUUAAAACAAAUAAAAAAUUGACAAAUACAUUAGAAACAUUUCAAAAUAAGAUUCAUCAUUUUGUAUCGGAAAAUCCCGAUCUAUUUGAUGGUAUUGGUGAAGAAGUAAAUGAACGUUUUGAUCAUUUAAUAACACAAAUUAAUCUAUUACAAAAUCAAAUAGAACAAUAUCAGAGUACUUUGCAAAGAUUUAAAAAUGAACUUGAUAAUGAGCAUGAAAUAAAGACUGAAGAAUUGAAUUCUUUACCAUCAAGUUCGCUUGUUAUUGAAGAUUAUGAGAAAAAAACGGAUCAACUUCAACAAUUUCACCCUGAAAAAAAUAAAGAACAAAUAUUGCUUGACGAUCGUUUGAAUGAAAUUCAAUUUCAACUGAGAAAAACAUUAAAUGAUCGUGCUUUAACAAUAACUAAAUACGCAUCGGUUGUAAAAGAAAACGAUGCACUUGUCGAACAACAAACACUUCAGUUAGCCCAAAGGAGAGAAAUGGAAGAUCUAUUUGAUAAACAUGAAAAGAAACUUAAUAAUCUUAUUCAUGAACGAACAAAACUUUUAACUGAAAUGGAAAAACGUGUAUUACCAUCUAUUCAAACAAAUACUUGCGAAAUACAAACAGAUACCAAACAAUAUGAACAAAUAGUUCAAUUAAAUGAAGAAAUGAAACAUUCAUUAGAUAUUUUUCAAGAAAAAAUUCAUGGAGUUGUUGGAGAACGACAAGAUAUAUUUGAUGGUAUUAGUGAAGAGACAAAUGAACGUCUUGAUCAUUUAAUUUCAACAUUAGAAGAUCAAGCAACACAAAUGGAUACUUUACAAAUUGAAAGCACACGAGUUGAAGAACAAUUACGAAAUGAAAUCAAACAUCUUCAAAAUGCAUUGAACGCAUGUCAAUACGAAUUAGAUAAUGAGCGUCGAUUGAAAGUAGAACGACUUGUUUCUACUUCAUCGUCGGAUACGAAUAAUUCAUCGAUUAUUGAAAAUUAUCAAAAACAAAUUGAUCAAUAUCAACAAAAUCUUGUUGAAAAAGAUGAAGAGCGAAAUUUAUUACGUGAACGUUUUAAUGAAGUUGAACUUGAAUAUCAAAAGAUUCAAAAUGAUAAUACAUUAACAACAUCGAAAUGUGAAUCACUUGAAAAAGAACGAGAUGCAUUAAUUGAACAACUUAAAGAUUUAAAUGAAAAAAAUACAUCUCUUCUAUCUCAAAUUGAACUUAACAAUGAGGAGAAAGAAUUUGAAGAACAAUUAUUUCAACAUAAAAAACAACUUGAAAAUCUUAUUGAUGAACGUACAAUGUUUAUGGAAGGAUUAGAUACGAAUAAUGUACCAUCUCUUCCAAUAGAAAAUAAUGAUGAAUAUAAUCUAUUACUUGAAAUCAAUCAAAAUUUACGAACUGAAAUAGAAACAAUCGAAAAUAAACUAGAUUCUAUUAUAAAUACAAAACCUGAUCUAUUUGAAAACAUUGGAAACGAUAUUCAUGAACGUCUUGAUUAUUUAAUUAAUCAAGUAAUACAACUUAAAGAUCAAUCUAAACAAGAGAAUGAAAAAUAUCAACAAUUACAAAAUUCGUUUGAUAUGUAUCGACAAGAAAUUGAAAAUAAAGAAAAAAUUGAAGAACAAGCAAAUAAUAAUUCAACUCAAACUGAAAUUGAUUCAUCUUCAUAUGUUGAUGUUGAAAUAAUAAAGGAUAAAAUACAACAAAUAAUUCAAAAUUAUCCAACACUUCAUUCUAAAUCAAAUAAUAAUAUCAUCGAAGAUUUCGAUCAAAUAUUUUCUAAUAUUACGGACCUUCAACAUGAGAUAAAAGAAUUACAAAGUUCAUAUGAUACAUAUCGAAAUGAUAUUGAAAAUAAUCGUUUAAUUAAAAUGGAACAAUUACAAUCGUAUCAAUUAAAUGAUGUUGAUACUCAAACGAUAGGUUUAUCAAUUAUUGAAGAACAUCAAAAACAAAUUGAAAAACUUCAAGAAAAUGAAUUAGUUUAUCAACGUGAAAUUCAACGUUUAUUAGAAGAAAAAAAUCAAGCACAAGAUUUAUUAUCACAAUGGAGAAAAGAUAAAAAUGAAAAAACAAAUGUUGGAGAAUUAUCUAAUAUUAAUAGUCAUAUGGAAUCACAUAUAAAUGAAUAUCAAUCUCAAAUAGAUAAUCUUCUUCGUGAACGUUUAACUCUAACAGAAGAAAUCAAACAAUUGACAUCUCAAUCUAGAAAAACUGAUAGUGAAAGUCAAACAAUGAAUGACAUCGAUUUGCAGUCAUCAUCAUCAUCAGAUCAAAAUAUUUCACGUCAUAUAUUCGAACAAGAAAUGUUAGCUUGGUCAAAUGAAAGUGAAGAACUAAAACGUUUAGUUAAACAGAUACAAUUUGAAAAUAAAAAACUUAAAGGUAUUAUAUUAAAAUUUGAACAUAUGGUUCUUGAUUAUGUUCAUGAAAAUGAACGAUUAAAACAAGAAAAUCAACAUCUUUCAUUUCAUAAUUAUUCAUCAUUACAAAAAACUGAUGGUAGUACACAAAAUUCAGCAGCUUCCGAUACUGAUAUUUGUUAUUUAACAUUAAAAUGCUUAACCUACGAAGUUGCUCAACGUAUAUCAAAUACGACGAAUAAUGAACAAUCAUCAGUAUUGAUUAAGAAUGAUUCUGAACAAGAUUCAAAACAACGUUAUAAUGAUAUGGAACGACAAAUGAAAAAUGUUUGCAUACAAAAUGAACGUUUAAAAAAUCAAUUAGAAACAUAUACAUUACAAUUUAAACAACUUCAACAUGAAAUGAGUAUUAAAAUGCAAGACAUAUCAACACUUAAAGAUGAAACAGACAGAUUACGUACAAGUGAAAUUCAAUAUCGUUUGGAAGCCGAUCGUCUUACAGCUUAUCUUCACGAUGAUCAAUUAAAAAUUCAACAACUUGAACGUGAUUUAUAUGAUAUAAAACAGCGACAAUUAAAUAACGAUGACAAAUCAAUCGCCAAUCUUCGUGAAUUACUUGAAUUGAAAGAACGUGAAUUAAAUGCAUUAAAAGAAAAACUAGAUUAUACUAAACAAACCCAUCAAAUUGAAUUACAAGAAGCAACUAAAGCCAAUCAGUUUUCACUUGAUAAUGCAAAACGUCUUGAACAAGCGGAUGUACGAAAUAAAGACAAACGACGAGAAUUGGAAACAAAAGUGACGAAAUUCUGUACAAUUACUAGACCUUUAGUUGAAAAUCAACAGUUAUUUAGAGAGAAUCCAAUAAUUAAUAUGGAUGAAUUACGCAAAUUAAUUGGUGAAGUUGAUACAGAAAAACGAGUUUCAAAUACACUUAGUCCAAUUCGUGAUUGUUUGGGUCUUUUGGAAGCUCAAAUGAGAGAUUUACAUCAUGGUAUUAUUGAAAAUCAUGCUCGACGUUCAAAACGAUGGAAAUAUAAAUUAGGAUUUGAAUGUCUUGCAUGUGAAAGUCGAUGGGAAGUUACACAUGAUAUUCGUGAUUUACAAGAAGCAUGUUUAGAUCCAAAUCGUUUUCUUGAAUCAUCAAUUGUUGAACCUAUGGCAGGAUGUUCAUGUCCAAUAAUAAUUGAUUUUAUUGAGAGCGAUGUUCGAUUGAUUGUAGAUGAUAUGAUAGAUGAAGUGACAUCAACAAUUGCAGUGAACUAA